GUUGCAGCCAUGCCGGCAACCAACCAAGGCUGGCCAGAGGCGUUCGGCUUCUCUCUGGGUGGCAGCGGGCCCUGCUACGUGCUGUGGGUGCAGGAUGGCAGCAGUGCAGCAGCAGCAGGGCUGCGCCCAGGCGACGAGGUGCUGGAGCUGGAGGGGCAACCCGUCGCCUCACUGGGCUGCCCGGCGUUGCUGGCAUUAGCCCGGCGCUGCAGCUCUGUGCCCCCCAGCAUCGGCGUGCUGUCCCGGCUGCAGCGUGCCGACCUGCCCCCAGUCCCACACCUGGGCUUGCAGCUGGUGGGCGGCAGCCCCCCUCGUGUGGCCAGUGUGGCCCCUGGCUCUCCUGCUGCCACCUGCGGCAUCGCCCCUGGGGACCUGCUGCUGGAGGUGGAUGGCGUGGCUGUGCGCAGUGCCGAGGCGGCGGCCGAGCUGCUGGCAUCCUGCAGUAGGCGAGCGCUGCGGCUGGGGCUGCUGCGGCCACAGAGGGACCUCGGCCCCAGCGCUGCUGCUGUGCGCAUGGAGAGGAAGCAGAAAGCGCAGGAGUUCAGCAAAAAGGUGGAUGCCAUCCUGGGGGACCAGCCCCAGCUCAAGGAGCAGGUGUUCGCCGCGCUGAAGCACUACGCAGCCGAGCGGAGGGUGGAGUGCUUGGCCUGUGCCCUGUGCAUGCUGCUCACCCAGGAGUCCCACCAGCACCUCAUCGACAGCAUCAGGAUUUUCAUCCCCAAAAAACACCGGCAGCGCUUUGAUGAGGUGGUGUCACAGAGCCUGAUCAGCAAGCUGUGCCGCUCCAAGAGUGAACAGCACAGCAACCGCCUGCGGCGCAGCCGGAGCGAGGACCACCAGGAGCGGCUGCUCGUGUCCACCCGCGCCAGCUCUGUGCCCCGCAGCCAUGAGGAGCUCAGCAAGAGCCUGCGGAAAACCACCUCGCUCAUCACCAGCAAUGUGGCCUCGGGGGCUGCCCGCAGGACAGUGCGAGUUUAUAAAGGCAACAAAAGCUUUGGCUUCACACUGCGCGGACAUGCACCAGUGUGGAUUGAAUCCGUUCUGCCAGGGAGUCCGGCUGAGAAGGCUGCACUCAAACCUGGAGACCGAAUCCUAUUUCUUAAUGGCCUGGACAUGAGGAACUGCUCUCAUGAUAAGGUGGUGUCGAUGCUGCAGGGCAGCGGGGCGAUGCCCACCUUGGUGGUGGAAGAGGGCAUCGUCAAUUUCUCCAGCGACUCUGACUCUGCCGACUCCCCGACCAGCUCCUCUGCGCUCACCUCCCUGCAGUGGGUGGCAGAGAUCCUCCCCUCUAGCAUCAAGAUUCAAGGGAGGACCUUCAACCAGCAGCUGGAGCACCUGCUCACCCCACCCGAGCGCUAUACCAUCUGCAAAGCGCUGGAGAGCUUCUUCCAACAUCGGAACAUUGACACUCUUAUUGUGGAUGUGUACCCGGUGCUGGACACACCAGCCAAGCAAGUCAUUUGGCAGUUUAUCUACCAGCUGCUGACGUACGAAGAGCAGGAGCACUGCCAGCAAAAGAUUGCCAGGUUUCUUGGUUACAAGUCCUUGGCAGGUGAGAGGAAAGCUCCAGCUCCAGCAAGGAUGUGCCCAGGGAGUGUGUCUGAGCCCGAGGCAGAGGAGCGCUACCGCAGCUCAGUGCGAGGGGCAUCCUUGUGCAGGAGCAGCCUCCGGACCAACCGCCCUGAGGAAGGAGGGGCUGCAGGGCAGAGUGACACCGUGGAGGUCCCAGUUCGCCUGAUCCCUGGAGAGAGGCAGGCUGGCGAUGGCACGUCCCUGCCAGAGACACCCAACCCCAAAAUGAUGUCGGCUGUCUAUGCAGAACUGGAGAACCGCCUGCUGGGCAGCUUCUCCAGCAAGGUUGGCAAUGCUGCCCUGCACCACGCAUCAACCCCAGCCCCCGACCCGGCGCAUGCUGCAGGUGCCCGCAGAUCAGGGGUGCCCGUCUCAUGGCCAAGCGACCCGCUGGCCGCCCAGCAGUGCUACUACCGCCUGCACAGCAGCCUGCAGUCCCCGAGCAGCACCGAGUCCAAUCCCUACGUCAGCCUGGACAGCAGCCCGGCCCCGUCCCCCCAGCACCGGCCCUACCCGCUCAGCCCGCUGUCGCGGCGCAAGAAGCUCUUCACCUUCUCCAGGCCGCCACGCAGCCGCGACACCGACCGCUUCCUGGACGCUCUCAGUGAGCAGCUGGGACACCGUGUCACCAUCGUGGAUGAUUUCCUCACCCCUGAGAAUGACUACGAGGAGAUGAGCUUCCACGAUGACCAGGGCAGCUAUGUCACCAACGAUGUCAGCAGCAGCGAGUACAUCAGCAGCAGUGAUGAGGGCAGCUCCCUCACCUACUCCACGCUGUCGGACCACAUCCCCCCACCUCCGCUCAGCCCCCCGCCCCCACCACCCCCCCUGCAGUUCCAUGACCCCCAACCUGUCCCUGCCAAGGCCGAGCCCCCCAAGGCCAGCACCUCUCCUGCCCCCAAGCCCCUGGUGGGUCACCUGCACCCUGUUCCGCCUCCGCCGCCCCCCCCGCCACCCCCACCUGUGCCCUGUGCUCCCCCCCUGCACCGGGGGCUUCUGCACCGCCGGAGUGAGACCAACCACAUGAGUGUCAAGAGGCUGCGGUGGGAGCAGGUGGAGAACUCGGAGGGGACCAUCUGGGGACAGCUCGGGGAGGACUCGGACUAUGACAAGCUGAGUGACAUGGUCAAAUACCUCGACCUGGAGCUUCAUUUUGGGACGCAGAAGCCAACCAAGCCAACUUUCAUGCCUGAAACAUUUAAAAAGAAAGACGUGGUCGAAAUUUUGUCCCACAAAAAGGCCUACAACACAUCCAUCCUGAUCGCCCACCUGAAGCUCUCACACAUGGAACUGCGUCAGAUCCUCAUGACGAUGGAGACGGACCGCCUGGAGCCUUCCCACAUCAAGCAGCUCCUGCUGUAUGCCCCGGAUGGGGAGGAGGUGCAGCGCUUCCAGAGCUACAAGGAGAACCCUGGCAAGCUGAGCGAGCCUGACCAGUUCGUGCUGCAGAUGCUGUCAGUACCAGAGUACAAGAUCCGACUGCGCAGCCUUCACUUUAAGACCACUCUGCAGGAGAAGACAGAGGAGAUCAAAGCGAGCUAUGAAUGUAUUUGCAAGGCCUCUCUGGAGCUGAAAAGCAGCAAGAAGCUGGCAAAGAUCCUGGAGUUUGUGCUGGCCAUGGGAAACUACCUGAACAACGGGCAGCCCAAGACCAGCAAAACGACAGGCUUCAAAAUCAACUUCCUCACAGAGCUGAACACAACCAAGACCGUUGAUGGGAAAUCCACCUUCCUGCACAUCCUUGCCAAAUCUCUCAGCCAACACUUCCCAGAGCUUCUGGGCUUUGCCAAGGAUCUUCCCACAGUGCCGCUUGCUGCCAAAGUGAACCAGAGAACACUGACGGCCGACCUGAAGGACCUUCACACCACUGUCACCGACAUCCAGAUGGCCUGCCACAGCAUGCCAGCCACCGCCGAGGACCGGUUCGCCAUCGUGAUGACCUCCUUCCUGGAGAGCGCGCAGCCCGCCAUGCGCUCACUGGACGACCUGCAGCACAGGGCCAUGGAGGAGUUCAGCAAGGUGCUGUCUUUCUUUGGAGAAGACUCCAAAAUGACAACCUCAGAAGCUUUCUUUGGCAUUUUUGCAGAAUUCAUGAGCAAGUUUGAGCGGGCGCUCACAGAUGUGCAGGUUGGAGACAGCCAGCGCAGCCCCAGGAUGACAUCCCCCCUUGCCUGGUGACAACAUGAGGUGCAAGGAUUCAUUGCCAAUGAAGUGCAAUUUGCUCCCAUUGAGUUUGGUUGUAAAUAGGCUGCUGCCACCUGCUACCGUCAAGCAGAACCGCAGGGGCUGGGGCAGCCUGGAUGCUGAGCACACACAUGUGAAUGGCUGCAGGUGAAGAUGGGGCUGAGGCACUGGUACACAAAGGGAAACACUGUGUUGUUUUGAUGGCAUCCUUCCUAGCAUCCUUCAUUUCCAGUGUAUCGCAGAAUCAAGGACUACAGACACAUCUGGGUGAAACCCCGCUGCCCUGUGCUCCCAUGGCACACAGUCCUGGUGCCAGUGCUCACUGGAGCCCUGUCACUCAUCCCCACGGCCAUGUUCUGUGUGGUUGUGCAAGGUCCCAGCCUCUCAUGCAGGAUGUGUCCCCAGUGUUUCCCUUGCAUAUGCAGAGCCCUGAUGCCAGGUGCCCGAGCUGGAAGCACCAGGGUUGGGCACAUUGUGCAGCAAUGCUGAGGCAAUAGGAAGAAAUGAGACCUUGCAGAACCCCACUGGCACAAUAUGUGGUCUUAAAUGAAGAUCCAGGCUGGUUUUGCCCAGCUGCUCAGGGGAGCAAGAAAAGCCCCACAGCCCUUCCUGGCUAGCAGCUUUGCAUAAGAGUUUGUCAAUGACUGAGAAAUCUUCCCAAUAAUCUAAUAUCAUCAGCACUAGACUUAACCGAACUCACCAGGAGUCAGGGAUCCCUGAGCAUUUUGGUGCCUCCUUGGAAAGCACAAAAUCUUUGGUAGCUUAAAAAUGAACGGGAGCCCUCUGAUGCCCUGGUCCUGCCCUGAGAGCAGCAGAGAGCAGCCAGAAUGCACCCCGUGCCUUCUGGAACCCGCUCCCAGAGCUUGGGGAUGUACAACGACUUGAGCAGUCCAUGCAGGCCGUAUCAGGGGCCUGAUGCACACCCAUCCUGCAGCAGCGGCUGUUUGUUAUAAUCAAGGCAAUUCCCCGCGAGACGUCCCGGGACAAAGGGCUAGCAGCACCCUGCAGUCCAUGCACGUGCCUCCAGACCACGCAGCGCCCGCGAGCUUUGCGGCACAGCAGCGCAGUGCGUUAGCAUAGCGAGGCACUGCUCAGUGCACAGUGCUGCCACUGCUGUGCACAUCCCACCCACCUGAGCCCCCCACUCGCUGACGCCUAGGUGACCCCCCCAUGCCGAUGCCAGAGUGAGAGCUCUCACUGUGCUGAAAUACACAACUACCAACCGGUGCAUUAUUUAUGGGAGACCUUAUAACCAUCAGAUCUUCUGUUUUCAGUAUUUUUUUUAACCCUUCUCCCCACGUGUUUUGGUUUAUAACAGCUGUAAGUGCCAGGCAGUUCCCAGCCUUGUGCUGUCAGAGCUCUUCUCUCCCCCAGUAAUGGUGCAGUGCAAUGCGCACCCAGCUCCACUUUACGUUUUGGAUGUUCUCACUGCAUUCAGGUUUUGGUGUUUUGUUUUUUGUUGUUGU